GCGUCUGCAGCCGUGGAGCCACUAACGCAGAUCACAUCUGAGGAAGCUACGGCACCUGCUGUUACUCCGGACACUAUUAUUCGUUCUGCACCGUUGCAUGAAUCUGUCGCUGAUGCUGACAGAGACGCUGUUGAGCCGUUGACACAGUCUUCAGCAGAGGAGGGGACGCUGCCUAGCCAACCCCAGGGAGUUAGUGUUAGUUCUGGUAAUGUUGUUAAUUUGUUGAGUGGUGUUCGUGAUGAUACUCAUCCACCUUUGAGCGUGGCUGCGUUAUCUGCGGUUGAUACGUCUAAUGAGUUUGGUAAUGUAUCUGGUUCGUCACGUCGUAGGUCGUCGUCUGCUUAUUCACCAGUUGUUUCUGUCUCUAGGGGGAACGUUCGUGAGGAUGGUGGUUCGGUGUGUAGUGAUAUGCAUGAUGAUGAUAUAAUGGAUCAAAAGUCCUUGUCCUUUUUGAAUGCAAUGGAGGAUGUUGCAAGAAGUAGUAGAAGUAAACGAGUAGUGGCUUUUGGGAGUUCGCCACCUUCAGGUUUAAAGGAGGAUGAGACAGUUCCUGUUCGACGUGUAUUCACGGAAAUGUAUCCGGAUAAAAAUUUUCUUUCUGGCACUGACAGAGCUCCACUUGUUUUAAUUGGUAAGGCACACGAGUGCCAUUUGUCAACUGGAGAAGGUGUUUCUGCUGUUAAUGAAAUUUUUGUUGGGAAUGAAUUGUUAACGCCUACUCCUGUGCAUGUAAGUAUGAUGAGUGCAGUGGAGGAGAGUCCAGUAAAACCAAAGAAAAGUAGGAGUCCAUCAUCUGGAGGAGGGAGACAAGGAAGUAAAGCGGCGGAGGAGUCGCGGUCAACUUCUAGAGAAACAGAACGGCCGCAGGUCCGCUUUGCCUCCUCUAGUAUGGUACCAACACCUCCACAAGUUCAACAGCGCCCAAUACGGGUUCGGAGGAAUUAUGAUACUUAUCGUGGAUUAUCGGUUUUUCCGCAUGAUCUGGAUGCAGUAGCCCAGCGUGCCGUCAUUCAUCCAUAUCCUCCCUCUGCGGGGAAGAGUACAACACCCACGCAUUCAGAGUUUUCACCACAGCAAAGAGGGAAUGUCCCUUCAUCUGCAACGCAACAGCGGCAAAGUGGUUAUGCUGGAAGAAGCUCAGACGCACCCGUUUCCACUUCUCAUCGUGUUAUUCCACAGGCAGUGCAAACUAGACUACCUAUUGUUCCUAUUUCUCCCGCUCAACGUGAUGCGUUAUAUCGUCACCAGCGUGUGCACGCUCAUCAUGUUCACCCGACGCCAGCACCCCCCAGAGGGCAAACAUCAGCAAAAACACCCGGACGUGGAGCUAAUGCGAAUGCGAGAGGAAGAACAGCGGGUCCUGCGUCAGGUUCAUCUCAAACCGGUCGUUUUAUGGGUAGGGGAACGGAUUAUUAUUAUUAG